AUGCUGGACCACGUCCUCGGCAGGCCAUCCGUCAAGUCACGGCGCCUCCAGGUCCUGACUGUCCUAGCAUUCUGGUCGGCUUACAUGUAUCGAGGCCACAAACAUGGCCCGGCCUUUGUUCGUUUUCUCUCCAGGUUUUGGAGCAAACGCCUCACGGCAUGGCAGACGGUCGUCCUGACCAUGAUUUACCUCUACGCCGCCCGCAACUUUAGCACUCUUUUUGGCCUGGCCAGCCCCGAGCCAAUGUCGAACAUGUACGAGAAGGCCUACUUCCGCGCCACCUGGGUUCUGACUGCCCUCGACGCCGGUUUUUGGACCGCCAUGAGGAUACGAUCCAAGUGGCUUCGCGAUAUCGCCAGCGUUGUCUUCUCCCUCUUUUACAUGGUCGCCGCCGAGAGAGCCGACGAGAAGGUGCGCAAGGUUCGGGGCAUGUUGACCGUCGAGCACCUUCGUGUCUCGUGGAACAAAGGCACAACACCCUACAUCAGCUUCUUCCAAGGCCUCAUGCGACCGCGUCUUACGCGAUGGCCGCCGCGCGCCGUCCGCAUCCCGCGACCCGCCGGCAGCGACUAUACCGAUCCCGUGUCUGCUUGGCUGUAUUAUGAUGGUCCACUGGCCGACCUCGAGCGGCACAACAAGAUCGUCCUCGAUAUCCCUGGUGGUGGCUUUGUCGCCAUGGAUCCACGAUGCAACGAUGACAAACUCUUUGCUUGGGCCGUCAAAACGGGUCUUCCGGUUCUCAGUCUCGACUACAAAAAGGCACCCGAAUUUCCCUACCCAUAUGCGCUCAACGAGUGCUUUGAUGUCUACACAACCAUCAUCAAGAGCCGCGGCCGCUGUAUUGGCAUGUCCGGCAAAGACAUACCCACGUUGGUCCUCACGGGCGACAGCGCCGGAGGGAACCUGGCCACAGCCACCACCCUCAUGAUCAUUGAGCGCACGUCGCCACCGAUGAACCGGUACUUCAACCAGGGUGACCUGCCUCUGCCUGACGGCCUGGUUCUGUUCUAUCCAGGUCUUGAUAUGAAUAUUGGCAAUUGGAUGUCUGACGAGCAGAUGUCUCUGAUGAAAGAUCGUCGCAUGCGGGGCACCAAUAAGUCCAUUAUUCGCCGCAAGAGCAUGCAGUACAAUGAUCUCGUCGGAACCCCGCAUCAGUCUGAUGACGAAGACGAAACAACGCCGCCGAAGCAUCCGUCUCUCAAUCUCAGGGCUGUCAAGAGCCCGGUAGGCGACACCGCAAAACAACCUCUCCAGAGUCCACAGCCGGAAUACUCACAUAGCGGGCCUCGAAACCUGACCAGCCCUGGCGCCUCGUCGACGGCUGCUGCUGCUGCUACCGCUGCCGCAUCCUCUUCUUCUCCCGCAACCGAAACACUCAGCCGAAAGAAGAGCACGUCCCACCAUGCCGAACCACUUCGUACCCGCCUCGCCAUGUCAUCUAUGAUCUCGUACUUCAAUGACCGUGUUCUCACGCCUGAGAUGAUGCGUGCCAUGAUCAUCCUUUACAUCGGCCCCCACAACCGCCCAGAUUUCAGCCAGGACUACUUGCUCUCGCCUGUUCUCGCGCCCGAUGCUCUGCUCGCCAAGUUUCCCAAGGUUCACUUCCUCACCGGCGAACGCGACCCGCUCGUCGACGACACCGUCAUCUUUGCAGCGCGCCUGAGACAGGUGAAAGAGGCAAUGUGGGAGCAGCAGCGGGCACACGAGGCAGACAGGGACGAGUCGAGGAAGGGCACGCGCAGAGACAACUUCAACGAAAAGGACGUCGCCGAGGUGGCUCUUCUGCCGGGUGUCUCGCACGGGUUCUUGCAGUUCCCGACCGUCUAUCCUCCGGCAUGGGGGCUGAUCGACCGGUCCGCCGAGUGGAUUAGCGACAUUUUUGCUCAAGCAGAUGGCGGACGGCGAAGGAGGACGCGCGAGCAGAAGCUCGGCAGGCGACAGGUGGACGACUUGUCGGCCAAGGCCAAUGGGUCGGGCAAACACCACUCGCGGACCCUCACGGAAUCGAGCGCAGACGAAGACCGGCCGCUGGAGAUCGCCAUGACAAGGGCGGGGCGUGGCAGGGAGCGGACCCGGGGCGCGGGAAGGGGCAAGGGUAAGGAGGUGGCGUAUGAAGAUGCACGGGACGCGGAGGCGGGCGUAGAGCCCAUCGACGAGGAGCGCGACGGAGAGACAAAUGGAAGAGUGAGGCAACGACAGGCCGUGAGGCCGCGGAAACGGGACGACGGGAAAGAGCUUGAAUAA